GUGAAGGGACCUGAUUAGCCAGAAACACGGAAGCGUCACACUGUCGCUUCCUCGCUUUGCCCUUGUGUCUGAAAGCAGCGUGUUUUCUUGUUAAACGUCAUUACAGCGUUUGCGUCGCGCUCGAACAACAGUCGUCAUUACCACUCGACAUGUCUCUUGCAGCGGAGGCUUUCGUCUCUCAGAUAGCAGCUGCAGAGCCAUGGCCGGAAAAUGCCACGCUCUACCAGCCCCUGAGGGAGGAUCAGAUCCUCCUGUCUGAUUGUGCAUCAUCUUUAGCAGUUCAGGCGUACCUCAGGAUGCUGGGGCUGCCGGUGCGAGUACGAUGCCGUGCUAAUGCCGAGUACAUGUCACCGUCAGGGAAAGUUCCUUUCAUCCAUGUCAGUAAUCAGGUUGUUUCAGAGCUGGGGCCGAUCGUGCAGUUCACAAGAGCCAAGGGACACUCUCUGAGUGACGGCCUGGAUGACGUACAGAGAGCAGAGAUGAAGGCUUACAUGGAGCUGGUCAACAACAUGCUGCUCACAGCAGAGUUAUAUAUUCAGUGGUGUGAUGAAAAUACAGCUGCAGAGAUCACAAGGCCUCGCUACAGCAGUCCAUACUCCUGGCCUCUGAAUCACAUUCUGGCCUAUCAGAAGCAGUGGGAGGUCCGGAGAAAGAUGAGCGCUAUCGGCUGGGCGGGAAAGACUCUCGAACAGGUGUAUGAGGAUGUUAGUCAGUGUUGUCAGGCUCUCUCACAGCGACUCGGAACCCAGCCUUUCUUCUUCAAUAAACAGCCGACCGAACUGGAUGCGCUGGUGUUUGGUCACCUGUUCACAAUCCUGACCACACGCCUCACCACCGAUGAGUUCAGCGAGAAGAUCAAGUCCUACAGCAAUCUGCUCUCCUUCUGCCGAAGAAUCGAACAGACUUAUUUUGAGUCGCAGGACAAAGACAUCCAAUCAGGGGCCUUGGAUUACUCAAAAGGCCCCUCCCUUAUGUGAAGCCCCGCCUCUACCCUUCCUUUCACCUGCUGAUCUGAAGUCAUGUGAGAAAGUGAUAGGACUGAUCCUGAGGCAUGGUAUCGUCAUCGGUCGUGAAUCACACAAUUGUCUGUUAUCACACCCACAGAUUAGUGAACGAGAGGAAGAGGAGGAGGUCAGAUCAGUCAGUGUUUAAAAGUACCCUGAGAUUCUUUCCACAUUUUCGUUUGCUUGAUCAUUACAUGAGCAGGUCCGGAUAUUAUAAAUGAUGUUAUAAAUCAAGACCGAAAAAUGUAAUUAUUUAAACUGAUAUGAAAUUCCUCUGGGUUUGUCUUCAAUCUUGUGUAUAUUUAAACAAUGUGUUCGAAAGACAUCUGUAAUUCCUAAGUGAUUCAUUCUUUUAAGAGAUCAGCUUUAUUUACCAAGUGUGAGCAGACAUACAAGGGAUUUGUUGUGGUUUUUAAGAUGCUCUUGGUACAUACAUACAUGCAUACAUAACUUGAAUUAAAGUUGACAUGCUGCACAUGAA